AUUUCCCAUUUAAAAUCGCUAAACCAUUCGUCCCUUCCGCUCGCCGACCUUUCCACUCCACCUCCGGCCACCGUCGCGUCGCCUCGACGUUUCCUUCCUUCCCUCCUCGAAGCAAACCGCGAGCGGGGGGUAUCGGGAAACCCACCACCGCGUCCGAUCCCAAAACCCAAGCGCUAUAUCACCCACCUCCUACUCCUCGCCCCCUCUCCUCCUCCAUUGCCGGUCGCUGGAUCUCCCCCUUCUCCCUGCCUCGACCCGACGGCGGCCCCGUGGAUACGCCAUUCGCCCGCCGCGCACCACCCAGCAAUUUUUUCCCGAAGCUCGGAGGUGCUCGGGGUCCGUUUGUGGGCUUUGGGGAGCUGGAGGGUGGCGAGUACGUGCCGCGGCGAGAAGGUGACUGUGGGGGAGUGCGGUGGAGAUGGGGUGGCGGAGGUGUGCGCUGGCGAUAUGGGCUGCGGCAGCGAUUGUGUGGACGCUUGCCGCAGCGGUUGGGGAAUCCGAUGCCGGUGAGCUCGAGCGCGCGUUUCCCAUAGUGGAGCCGGAUUAUGGCCACACUAAACUCCGCCUUUCAAAAGAAGGUUUGGAGGCAAUCCAAAGGAUCAACACUCCAAUAGCUGCUGUCUCUGUUAUUGGUCCAUAUCGAUCUGGAAAAUCUUUCCUUCUCAACCAGCUUCUCUCCUUAUCCUGUAAUAAAGGUUUUGGAGUUGGACACAUGCGAGAUACCAAAACAAAAGGUAUCUGGGUUUGGGGAACUCCAGUUGAAAUUGAUGUUGAUGGCUCCAAAGUGUCUGUCCUUUACCUGGAUACUGAAGGAUUUGAGAGCAUUGGCAAAUCAAAUGUAUAUGAUGAUAGGAUAUUUGCUCUGGCAGCUGUUUUGAGUUCUGUUCUUGUCUACAAUCUUCCUGAGACGAUUCGUGAAGCUGAUAUAUCGAGACUCUCAUUUGCUGUUGAACUUGCUGAAGAAUUCUAUGGAAGAGUGAAGGGGCAAGAUGUUGCUUUUGAGCCAGCAAAACUCCUGUGGCUGAUUCAGAGGGAUUUCCUCCAAGGCAAAUCUGUUCAGCAGAUGGUUGAUGAAGCUCUCCAACGGGUGCCUAACAGCAAUGGAGACAAAUAUAUUGAUGAGGUCAACCAAAUCAGAGACUCUUUAGCAGUUAUGGGUGAUAACAGUACUGCUUUUAGCAUGCCCCAGCCUCAUCUGCAAAGGACGAAGUUAUGUGAUAUGGAGGAUCAAGAACUUGACCCAUUGUAUGUCGAAAGGAGGGAUGCAUUGAAGCAAUUAGUUGCAUCCAUGAUAAAACCAAAACUUGUGCAGGGUAGAACCUUAAAUGGAAAGGAGUUUGUAUCCUUCCUAGGGCAGAUACUCGAGGCUUUGAAUAAAGGAGAAAUCCCAUCGACAGGGUCGCUUGUUGAAGUUUUCAAUAAGGGCAUUCUUGAGCGUUGCUUGACGUUGUAUACUGAAAAAAUGGAAAGAGUGAGUCUACCUGUAUCAGUUGAUAAACUUCAGCAGGUUCAUGAUUUGGCAGAAGAUGAAGCUAGAAAGCUUUUCGACAAGCAGCAUUUCGGUAAACAUUAUGCUGCCCAGUCCUUCCUCAAUCUCGAUGAAGAAAUGAAAAAGGUCUUCAGAAGCUUUGGUUUAGCCAAUGAGUAUCAGUCAUCAAAGUUGUGUGAAGCAAGAUUCUCAGAGUGUGAAGAUAAGAUGGAUCACCUUCAAGCCUUGAAGCUUCCUUCCAUGGCAAAAUUUAAUGCAGUGUUUCUUCACUGCAAUCAAAGUUUUGAAAUGGAGUGUGUGGGGCCUGCCAAGGGAGGCUAUGAACAUCGAAUGUCAAAGAUGCUUGCAAGGUCCAGUGCUCUUUUCAUCAGGGAGUACAACAACAAGCUCUUCAACUGGCUGGUGGCAUUCUCCUUAAUCAUGGUGGUCAUCGGGCGAUUCAUCAUAAAGCUUUUUUUACUUGAAAUUGCUGCAUGGGUGAUGUUCAUCUUCUUGGAGACAUACACAAGGUUGUUCUGGUCAUCAGAUUCGCUCUACUACAAUCCCGUCUGGCACAUCAUUGUUUCUUCAUGGGAAACUAUUGUGUACAGCCCUGUUCUUGAUCUUGACAGUCUUACGACGUUGUUUCUGAGCAGAUGGGCGAUCCCAAUUGUUAUCAUGCUGUCCUUUUUAGCUAUCUAUUGGCGUUGCAUCGGUAUAAGGAGUCGGAUUGGCCGAUCAUUGCUUCCAUUGUACAGAGGAUCAUACAGAAGCUCCAGCCGCGCAAGAACAGAUUAACCACUCUCUACAGUUGAAAUUUAGAUGGACCAAUGGUGUAAAUUACUCGGUAUGAUCAAUGGUAUUCGGAAGAUGGUGAAUAUCAUAUUCUUCUCAGGCCCAUGCACCAGGAUGAAUGGACUCGUGGUAUAAGGAUGAUUAUGACACUGCACACAUGCCAUAAGAAACUUAAAGAAGCUUCUGCUGUAACUCAAGUACAUAAUAUUUAAACUCAGCGGUUGUACAGUUCCUUUUAGCUCAUCAUUCUUUGAUUAAUUAUUGUUCUGUUCAAACGCUGCAAUGCUAAUUUAUGACAUAUAUAAUGAGUGUUUUACAUGUGUACCA